AUGAAUGUGCCGACAAGUAAAAUUGCAUUAGAAAACAAUGGAGUGAUGUCGUCAAAAUGGAUUUUUUUAUUUGCUACUCUGACAAUUUCGAAAGCAACGAAUGUCUUUGAUCUUGUGGAAUAUUACAAACUGCCUCCAUUAUACACGGAAGAGGAUUACAAUCGAUGUCUCUUUGAGACGAAAAACGAAUCUGUUUAUUGUUCUGCCGUAACGGUCAUCAAGCCAGACAACUCAUCACCGGUAUGGAAAUUAAUUGAAGAAUAUUCGAGUGAUCGCAUAAAGCACUUCAGACACGACAUUUUCUACAAUGGAAUUUGCGUAAAUUGGUGCCGGCAAAAACUCGAAAAGCACGACGGAGACACAAAUGACUUGUACGAGAGAGCUUUCGAGGUAGAUCACGAGUAUUAUAAUCAGAUUUUUGCAAAUCAGAGUUUUAAUGCGAUGCGGUAUAAAUAUGACGAUUUGAUCAACAAGUGCGUGAAUUUGUAUCUCAAGACGAAAUAUGGCUUGCGGGGGUACUCGACGGUGGUGUCAUGCAGUUCGAAUAGAGAAAAUGAUGAUAUUGAUGUUAAAUUAUUUUUUAUGAAUACUGCAUUUUUUGCAUUGUUAUCCGUUAUUGUGGCUGUUGUGAUGACCGGCACGUACUAUCAUUACGUUUGUCAAAUUUUAGCAAUUCGUGAAAUGCUCAUGGAAAUUUUCUCGCUGCAGCGCAACUACAGACGUCUGGUGUCCGUUCCAACGAACAAAUUGGGCCGCGAACUACGUUACCUGCAAGCUAUUCGUUACAUUUUCAUGUUUGUUAUUAUUUUCGGUCAUUUAACAUACUUAUUCACCCGCGUUCCAAUCGCCAACACGCAAUACUAUGAGCAAAAAUAUUACACAAUUUUGGGAAUGUUACAGUUGAAUGGAUCACAUGUCGUUCAAACUUUCUUCUUAAUUAGUGGACUGCUGAUGGGAUUGGCUUUUAAAGACAUCAUCACAAAGGAUAAAUUUUCAUUUUCUUACUCACUGACGCCUGUUUAUGCGAUUGUCUUGUUCUACGAAACGACAUCAGUAUUGAGACCAAGCUCGCGACAUCCAUUCUGGGAAGGUAGAGUAGCUAUUGAACGAGAACAGUGUCAACAAAAUUGGUGGCUUAACGUUUUGUAUAUCAAUAACAUCUUCAAUAUUCCCUUCACAUGUAUGCCUCACACAUGGUUCCUAGCAUCCGAUUUUCAGGCAUUUAUUUAUGGAUUAGUCUUCAUAAUGCUCGCCUGGAGAUAUCGGGACCUCAAAAGGCUCAUAUUGUCCAUUGGGGGAGUGUUAAUUAUUUUGAUGCCAGCGGCCGUUACUUACGCGAGAGGCUACACUGCAAUUUAUAUGGCAUCGCCAGAAGACUACAAAUAUCACUUGCUGCAAGACGCUUUCCAACAUUAUUAUGUGCCUUUUUACACAAACGCCGGCAAUUAUUAUCUCGCGAUGCUCGUUGGACUGCAUUACGAUCUCUUGAAAAGUCCCGUUGUCAUUAAAUGGCUAAAGACGCCUGCCAUGUUUAUCUUUUAUUUUCUGUUUCCCCUUGGGUCAAUUCCGUUUUUCUCGUGCUACAUUUUCUACAACUACGACAUCGACGAGACAGCUUGGUGGAUUGGUGCAUGGACAACUGUCGCAAAGCACUUCUGGGGAAUAUUGGCUUUCUCGGUUGUUUUUGUGUUUGCCAAUAAUUUUGACAAAAAUAACUUCUUUUCAAUUUUCUUGCGGAAAAUCUUGCAUUCACCGAUUUGGCAGCCACUAGUAUUUAUCUAG